AUGGAGGAAGUCUCGAGUCCCACGAUCCUGAAGGAUAGCCAGCGACAGUCUCAAGUAUCUAUGAGGCUUGUGAAAACCUGCAGCCGAUGUGAAGGGGCUGCGACAGGCUGUGAAUGCACUUGCGAUGCAGCUGGGAGACAUGUUCGAGUGGCUUCAGGAGGCGACCAGCUCGAAGGGAAGCAAAACGGCAAAGCCCAGUCCAAGAUUGUGAAUUCUAAAGCUCUACGAUCAGGUGCCGGCACUGCAAGGACUGGCCUGAAGCCAAGCCCAAGUCGGGGUUCCAGAAGUCCUAGAAGCUUCAGUCCUAGACUUGGCAGCCCAAGACUUGCAAGUCCCAGAGAAGUUCAGGGGACAUCAGGAAGCUCUGCCUCCACAAGAGGAAAGACUUCAAACAAAGGAGCAACACCUGAUGAGAAGCAGCAAGGGCUUCCUGCGGAAGCAACUAUAAAUUCUUCAGAACCCAAAGGAGAAAAGCCAGCUGCAGAGACUGGCUCCACAUCUGAAGAUCAGACACAAGCAGCCGUUGAACGUGUUGGUGAAGCUCAAGGCAAAGGCAUGCCACAAAAAACUGGCGAAGGGGAAACCUCCCUGACAACAGCACUGCCUGUUAAAGGCAAGGGAAAGAAAGCCCCGCCUGCUCCAAUGGUUUGGAGGAAAGGAGAGAAAGGAGAGGGAAAGAAAGGGAAAGCGAAAAGCCAAGCAGAGGCAGAGGAGGUCAAGAUUUUGAUGCGCAAGCCAGAGGUAAUUCCUGGAGUUCAGGUGAAAAGACUCUUUUGGAAUCCCAUUCACCUGCGUGCAAACCACGCGAGCUACACAGUGUGGGAUGCCAUUGAUGGCGAAGGCUAUCCUAUUGAUCUGGAGGAGCUGGAAUGGCUUUUUUCCGAAGCGAGCAAGAGUCCUCGUGGCAAGAGCGAGCCUGAGCGAGGUGAAGUUGGCAAACGAUUGAUUCGAGUUCUGGAUGAACAGCGACGAAGGCAAAUCUGCAUUAUGUUGGCGCGUUUGCCAGGCAGCGCAUUUGACGUAUUGACAUGGAUCAGCGAGAUGAAUUCCGGAAGUUCCUACUGA